CGUUUUCGUCUUGCUUCCUAAUAAUUGUCAACUUCGCCAAGCUUGCAGGAAUCGAGCAAGCCCUACCCUUUCCACAAUUGUCAUGUCGUCGUCCCAACGGAUGGAUAUUAAGUGCUGAAGCGUUGGAUUUGAUUAUAUUGUCUUUUUCCUCCUUUAGAGUCGAAUAUUUCGUGUCGUUGAGAAAUUCUGGGCUUUCGGCACAAUGAAGGCCAUGCAGACUCUGCAAGAUCUGGUGGAGGAAGCUAAAGUUCGAACGCUUUAUUGGGCUUUAUGUAUUUUCGCCGUAUCUUACUUCUUAUCGCACACAAGUAAAUCAAUGUGGAUGAAUGUUCCCAUAUCAUUACUCUUGGUUUCUUUUCUGCAUCUACGCAUUCUCACACCCACCACCACCCCCCCAAAAUGGAAGAGAAAAAUUGAUUCUCCUGUUGUGGAGGCUGCAGCCCCCCAUGAGUUAGUUAAUCAAAUAAAAUUUAUGCAAGAUUUUGUGGUGAUUCUGUGGUAUUCUUUUUCCAGAUAUACAGAAACACUUACCAAACAAACACCAGAUAUCGAUGCUGACCAAAUCAAUUACACGUGUGCAUUAAUCAUGGACGUUCUGGGUGAAAUAUCAGGACGGGUUAAGGAGUUAAACCUUGUUGACUUGUUAACUAGGUUCUCUGUUCUUCAGCGGCUUGUUGGUGGAGUGUUAGCUGUAGUGCUAAGCCCGAGAAGGCCAUGUCCCCCCUUGGUUGUUCGCUGCAUGUUGCCGAGAGCUUGUAACUCUUUUGUUCUGCACCGGUUAGAACUUUUGGCAAGCCCUGCGUACAUCAAUGAAUUGAUUGAACUUCUCUUUCUUACUACUAAAGAUGAUGGGAUCAAAGAUGCAGUUGAAGAUAAGUCUUUGAGUGCAAUGGGUCAUCAACAGUAUCAUUUUUCUGCUGCAGGAGGUGCACAGAAUGGUGAAUCUACUUCAGGUAGAUAUGUAGCCUCUGCUAAUCAAGGGACCGAUAAGACAAGAACUAAAAUUGAUACUCAGAGAGCUACAUCUUUGGAUGCAUCUGGGAAUUCAUUGCCUAGUGAAUUUCAUGAAAAGCCUAUGCUACAACGAUCUUCUGAUUGGGCCCGAGUGCUAGAUGCUGCAACCCAGAGAAGAACUGAAGUUCUUAUGCCUGAAAAUCUUGAAAACUUAUGGUCCAGAGGUAGAAAUUAUAAAAAAAAAGUUCACAAGAGUGUUAAGGGGGGAGUUCUGCCUCCUGUAUCAAGACGUUCUGGAAUCAAAAGUGCUGUCCCUACAAGAAAUUUGGGGGAGGAAAUGUUGAUGAACAAACCUGAUUCUAGCAGGACAGACAACAAAGCUAUAGUGCGGUUAACACAGUCAUCAGAGGAUCUGAACAAUGAAUCACCUUUUGAGGAUACUACCACUCCUGCUGCAAGUGAGGGUAAAAGUAAGCUUAAGAGAUCUAGCAGCACCUCCGCUCUAAAAGCCCAACCUAAUAUGACAAUGGCAUUUGGCGGUGAAGGUGGAGGGCCCAUUAUUUCAGAGUUCUACAGUCCCAACUUUAGCAUAAAUAAUGAAGAGGCUGGUGUUAAGAAUGCCUCAGACAUAGUGGUCCGUAGUGCGGCAUUGCGUGUUCCCAAGCUUCGGUGCCGGGUUAUAGGAGCCUAUUUUGAGAAAAUCAAGUCAAAGUCUUUUGCAGUUUAUUCAAUUGCAGUCACAGAUGCAGACAAGAAGACUUGGUUUGUAAAAAGAAGAUAUAGGAAUUUUGAGCGGUUGCAUCGCCAGCUUAAAGACAUUCCUAAUUAUACGCUACAUUUGCCUCCCAAAAGGAUAUUCUCGUCAAGCACAGAAGAUGCUUUUGUUCAUCAGCGUUGCAUUCAGCUUGACAAAUAUCUGCAAGAUCUCCUGUCGAUAGCUAAUGUUGCUGAACAACAUGAAGUGUGGGAUUUUUUAAGUGUUUCCUCGAUGAAUUACUCGUUUGGAAAAUCUUCCUCAGUGAUGAGAACCCUGGCAGUAAAUGUGGAUGAUGCUGUGGAUGAUAUUGUACGGCAAUUCAAAGAGGUUUCAGAUGGCUUAGUGCGUAAAGUCGUGGGUUCUUCCCAUUAUGAAGUCUCUCCUUCAAUUUUAGGCACAAACUUGUCCUGGAAUUCAGAUGACAUGAAUAGAUAUAUUUCAAGGCACAGCACCAUGGAUACAGAAAAUAGCUUUUCUGAUAAUGAGGAAGGUGACAAGGAUGAAAGCCAUGGCCUUGAGGAAGUUGGAGCUCGCGUACAAUCUAAUGGGUGGCAUUCAGACAAUGAAUUAAACUCAAAGAGUUUCCCACCACGGGUGACAAAACGCCCUGAAGUUAGAAGCUUAGAUUCUGGAAAGAAUCCUGGUAGAGGAUUAAAAUCUGAAUUGAUUGGCCCUGUUGGAUAUCCUUCAGCAAAUUUCCCAGUAAUUUCUGAUCCCUGGGAGGAUCCAGUUGCAGUACCACCUGAGUGGACACCGCCCAAUGUUAGUGUACCUCUGUUGAAUUUAGUUGAUAAAAUAUUCCAGCUGAAGAGAAGAGGCUGGCUGAGAAGACAAGUCUUUUGGAUAUCAAAGCAAAUAUUACAGUUAGUAAUGGAAGAUGCUAUCGAUGACUUCCUCUUGAGGCAAAUCCAUUGGCUCCGGAGAGAUGAUGUUAUUGCUGAAGGGAUUCGGUGGGUCCAAGAUGUUCUCUGGCCUAAUGGGACAUUCUUACUGAAAUUAGAGAAUAGUCGAAGCAACAUAGAUGAUACUGAACAUACUCAGAGAACUCGUCACUCCACAAAUCGUUCAGCUGGCAGGGAGGCUUCGAAAUUGAGUUCUUUUGAGCUCCAGCUUGAGGCAUCUCGUAGAGCUAGUGAUGUCAAGAAAAUGAUCUUUGAUGGGACUCCAUCAACCUUAGUUAGCUUGAUUGGACAAAAGCAGUACAAGCGCUGUGCCAAAGACAUUUAUUAUUUCCUCCAGUCUACUGUCUGUGUGAAGCAACUUGCCUAUGGAAUACUUGAACUAGUGCUCAUUUCAGUUUUCCCCGAGUUAAGGGAUCUUGUGCUGGAAGUUCACGAGAAGAUGCGUGCUCAACUUCUAUAGGAAGUCAAUUAUCAUUUGCCCCACAGCCCCACUCAGCAUGGCUAGCUAGCUUCUCAAACUCGAACUCCACGAGGCUCAAAAUGUUCAACUUAUUAUUUUGAAUAUUUUCAAGUAUCACCCGAUCGCUCAGUUGUCGGUUGCCAUAUGCUCGAACUGCUCCAUUUUUUAUGAAGAUUCUGUAAACAUUCAAGAGCCGAGAGUACAGGGAUUGUGCAAUAUGUGGAAUUCUUUUUUCGUAGGUGGGAAGUAGCUGCAUCUCUUUCACGCUGUACAAAUGUACAUUUUUCAGAAUCUGUAUAGAAUUUGUUGCAGUGUAAAACUUGUGGUUACCAGGUGACACCCUCCCAACAGGGAUUUUGUAUUAUUGUGGUCGCAGCAAAUCAUUAUUAUUGUUCCUGUUAUAUUUUUAAAUAAAAGGCAUGGUGGUCCAUCCUUAAGAGCUGGAUCUUCAGUUCUUCACCAA